AGUUUAGCUGUGACCUAAGAGAACUUUACGGUUUCAAGGACUCAUUCAUUCUAAACUUUGUAAAACUAACGAAAAAAAUAAUAUUUAAUCUUUAAUGGUAAGUUGAACUGAUAUUGGAUCACAUUAAACCUUCUAUGUUAUGAUUAUUAAUUAACUAAUAAAAGUAUAUUUUAUAUUUAGAGUAGUUUGUUUCAAAUAUUGAGCGAAAAUAGAGGACGAUCGAAAUGACAUCUCACGUAAGACAAGUUCGCUUUUUAUACAAAAGCAUUUUACGACUUCAUAAGAGUUUACCAGAAGAUUUGAAAUAUUUAGGGGAUAAAUAUGUAAAAGAAGAAUUUAAACUUCAUAAAAAGGCAGAAAAACCCCAAGUAGAUGUUUUUCUGAAAGCAUGGGCGAUUUAUGCUCGAGAUCUUGCUGAUCAAAUGAAAUUGAAACAAAAAAAAGUUAAACCAGAUAUUGGAAAAGGUUUCACAGAAAAAAGCCUAGAAUAUCUAAGUGACGAUCAAGUCGUUCAACUCUAUCAGUUAUUCGAUGAAAUAAAUGCAAAGAAGACAUAA